AUACAUCAGACCAAGAUGGGCUGCCUAAGGAAAUCCGUGGUGCAACGCACAGUGCCAGUACCCUGUACGGCACCUGAUGAGACGGAGGAGGAUCCAGGCCCGGACACUACCCACAGUGCCCAGAACCUCCAAGCACCACCGGCGCAUCCCCAAAGCAAACCGUCAGAACAUCGUCGGAUAUUGUGGCCCGCUGCCAACAAGGAGUCAGAGUGGAAACAGUUUGAUGAAGAUGUUACUACAGCCCUGGAAGCAACAGCCAAGGGUAAUGUGGACCAGAGGCUCAAGACAAUGAGCAUGUUCAUAAUAAGCAUUGCAUCAGACAGGUUUGGCAUCAAGAAACAACGCGCUACCAAGACUACAACUGCAGCACCAAUUCCAAACCGGCGAGAAACCAAGAUUUCCCAACUCAGACAAGAACUGAGAGUACUCAGGAGCCAGUACAGGAAGGCAAGUGACAAUGAGAAGGCAGCCUUGGCAGAACUGAGGGGUGUGGUAAGGGAUAAACUACUCACCCUGCGACGUGCCGAGUGGCACAGGAAGAGAGGCAAGGAAAGGGCCCGCAAGCGCAGUGCCUUCAUUGCAAAUCCAUUUGGAUUCGCAAAGAAGCUGCUGGGAGAAAAACGCAGUGGUCAACUCUCAUGUCCCGAGGAGGAAAUCAACCUCCACAUCAAGAACACCUACAGCGACGGCAUGAGAGAGCAAGACCUCGGCCACUGUGCAGCCCUCAUAUGCCCACCAGAACCCUGCACCCUGUUUGACACCAGUGAACCAACUCUGAAAGAAGUUAAAGAGGUAAUCAAAUCUGCCAGAACAGCAUCAGCACCAGGCCCAAGUGGAGUUCCUUACAAGGUCUUCAAACAGUGUCCCCGCCUGUUGGAGCGUCUUUGGAAAAUCUUCCGAGUGAUCUGGAAAAGAGGGAAAGUACCUCAGCAGUGGACGUACGCAGAGGGAGUAUGGAUUCCCAAGGAGGAAAACGCAAGGAACAUCGAGCAGUUCAGGACAAUCUCCCUCCUCAGUAUUGAGUGCAAGACUUUCUUCAAGAUCGUUUCCAAUCGCCUCAUGGGAUUUCUCCUGAAGAACACCUAUAUUGACACCUCGGUACAGAAGGGAGGAGUCCCAGGAGUUCCAGGGUGCAUCGAACACACUGGUGUGGUAACACAGCUGAUCCGUGAGGCGCGAGAGAACAGAGGCGAUUUGACAGUACUGUGGCUGGACCUCGCCAAUGCUUAUGGGUCUAUUCCACACAAGUUGGUGGAAUUGUCUCUGAGCAGAUACCAUGUUCCAGAGAAGAUUCGCAAUCUCAUGCUCGACUAUUACAACAACUUUAGUCUGAGGGUGUCCUCUGGCACUUCAACAUCAGAUUGGCAUCGUCUGGAGAAAGGCAUCAUCACAGGCUGUACAAUCUCUGUGUCCCUGUUUGCACUGGCCAUGAAUAUGCUCGUGAAGUCUGCGGAAGUAGAGUGCAGAGGUCCUUUGUCCAAAUCCGGCACCCGGCAACUUCCGAUUAGAGCAUUCAUGGAUGAUCUCACGGUAACCACAACAUCAGUGUCUGGAUGCAGAUGGCUCCUUCAAGGCCUUGAUCGACUCAUUAGUUGGGCAAGAAUGAGUUUCAAGCCCUCUAAGUCUAGGUCCUUGGUCUUGAGGAAGGGUAAAGUAUCCGAACACUUUCGCUUCAGUCUGGCAGACAUCCAAAUUCCAUCUGUGUCAGAAAAGCCAGUGAAGAGCCUGGGCAAGCUCUUCACUGGUGAUCUGAAGGAUUCCGCUGCACGUCAAGCUACCAGCGAUAACCUCAACAUGUGGCUCUCAGCGGUGGACAAGUCGGGACUUCCAGGGAAGUUCAAAGCCUGGAUAUAUCAGCAUGGCAUCCUGCCUCGUAUCCUCUGGCCGCUGCUGAUGUACGAAUUCCCAAUGACCAUCGUGGAGGGAUUCGAGAGGAAGAUCAGCUCGUCCCUGCGCAGGUGGCUGGGUCUGCCACGGAGCCUAAGCAGCAUUGCUAUGUUUGGGCACAACACCAAGCUGCAGCUUCCUUUCAGUAGUCUGGCAGAGGAGUUCAAGGUUUCCAGGGCCAGAGAAGUCCUGCUCUACAGAGAUUCUGCUGAUGGGAAAGUAUCGUCAGCAGGUGUGGAGGUCAGAACAGGAAGGAAGUGGCGUGCCCAGGAUGCAGUGGAGCGGGCAGAGGCGAGGUUGCGGCACAGCACCGUGGUGGGAACCGUAGCUACUGGUCGGGCUGGGCUGGGUAGUAACACCAAACCAAGCUACAGCAGAGCCAGAGGAAAGGAAAGGAGAAAGUUGGUCCAAGAGGAGGUUCGCGCCGAGGUGGAAGAGGCUCGCUUCAGCAGAGUGGUGGGAAUGAGCAAGCAGGGGGCCUGGACGAAGUGGGAGCACAUAGCUGGUCGCAAGAUCACCUGGACCGAACUUUUGAAAGCGGAGCCACACCAGUUUAAGUUCUUGGUCCAGUCAGUUUAUGAUGUCCUCCCAAGCCCUGCUAACUUAUUUACCUGGGGCCUGAUAGACACACCUGUGUGCCAGCUCUGUCAGAAAAGAGGAUCAUUACAACACAUCCUCAGCUGUUGCUCAAAGGCAUUGGGAGAUGGCAGGUACCGGUGGCGCCACGACCAGGUCCUGCGGGCAAUAGCAGACACUAUCUGCACUGGCAUCAACACCAGUAAGCGGCAACACCCAACUAAGAGCACAAUUGCCUUUGUCCGAGCAGGAGAGAAACCUCAACCCUCCAAGAAGACCCAGGGUGGCCUGCUAACAACAGCAAGGGACUGGCAGCUCUUGGUUGAUCUAGGAAGGCAGUUGCAAUUCCCAGACAUCAUUGCAACCACAACACUACGGCCAGACAUGGUAUUGAUGUCUGGAACCAGCAAGCAGGUGGUGCUCCUUGAACUAACUGUCCCCUGGGAGGACAGAAUGGAGGAAGCUCAGGAAAGGAAGAGGGCGAAAUAUGCAGAUCUUGUGGCUGACUGCCGGAGGAACGGGUGGAAGGCCCGCUGCGAGCCUAUUGAGGUGGGCUGCAGGGGUUUUGUAGGCAAGUCCUUACACCGUGUCCUGGGGCUCCUUGGAAUUUGUGGACUGCACAGGCGAAGAGCCAUAAAAAACAUCUUGGAAGCGUCUGAAAAGGCUUCACGUUGGCUCUGGUUGAGGAGGGGGGACGCGUGGCGUAGUGCGCUACCUGGACACAAGUCGAGGGACUGAUAUUCCUCGGCUGGGUCGCCCGGGUGAGGGUGUCUGAUUAAGACCCGAAACACCCUAUGACCCCGGGAGAAUCACUGAUGAUGUGUCCAGCUUGCACCAUGCGGUGUAUUAUAGUACUAUAUAUGUAUAUGUCUUGAUUGGAUUAUCCAGGGAAUAGUGCUCGAUACCGGGGUA